AGUCGUCACGAGGUGUCGGACCUCCGCGAGAAAUAACGCCCUCUAAAAUUCCGUCUGCAAGAGUGCCUUCACAUGCUACAAAAGCACCCCCAGAAAUUUCAUCGUCUAAAGCUCCUUCUGCAAGAGAGCCUUCACGAACUACCGGGGCACCACCAGAAAUGACGCCAUCUAUAGUUCCAUCUGCAAAAGUGCCUUCACAUGCUACCGAAGCUCCGCCAGGAAUAACAAAUAAAUCUGAAGUUCCAUCGGCAAAAGUGCCUUCACACACAAAAGCGUCUUCACAUGCUACUGAAGUUCCACCACAAACUACAUCUUAUAAAGCUCCUUCUGUAAAAGAGCCUUCGCGAGCUACCGGAGCUUCGCCAGAAACAACAUCAUCUGAAGUUCCAUCGGCAAAAGUACCUUCACACGCUAUUAAAGCUCCGCCUAGAAUAACAUCUUCUAAGGCUCCGACUGCAAAAGAAUCCUCACGUGUUACGGAAGCUCCACCGGAAGUAAAGACAUGGAAAGUUCCAUCUGCAAAAGCGUCCUCACAUUCUGUAGAAGCACCCCCAGAAAUGUCAUUUCCUAAAACUUCAGCUGCAAGUGAACCUUCACGAGCUACCGGGGCUCCACCAGAAGUAACGCCUUUCAAAGUUCCAUCAGGAAAAGCUUCAGCUGCAAGAGAACAUUCACGAGCUACCGGGGCUCCACCAGAAGUAACGCCAUUCAAACUUCCAUCAGUCCCACCACCAGGUACGUCUUCGUCUAAAGCUCCAUCAGCAAAGGUGCCUUCACACGCUACUGAAGCUCCACCAGGAAUAACAUCUUCUAAGGCUCCGACUGCAAAAGUGUUCACACGUGGUAGCCAAGCUCCACCACGAAUAACGUCUUCUAAGGUUCCUAUUGCAAGAGAGUCCACACGUGGUAGCAAAGCUCCGCCAGAAGUAAUGCCACCUAAAAUUCCAUCUGAAAAAGUGCCUUCACACGCUACUGAAGCUCCGCCACGAAUAUCAUUUUCUAAGGCUCCUUCUGUAAAUGAGCCUUCACGAGCUACCGGAGCUCCGCCAAAAAUAACAUCGUCUAAAGCUCCAUCUGCAAAGGUGCCUUCACACGGUACUGAAGCUCCACCUCGAAUAACAACUAUGGCUCCGACUGCAAAAGUAUCCACACGUGGUAGCCAAGCUCCGCCACAAAUAACACCAUCAAAAAUUCAAUCGGCAAAAGUGCCUUCACAUUCUACAAAAGCAUUCUUAGAAAUUACAUCAUCUAAAGCUCCUUAUGUAAAAGAUCCUUCACGAGCUACAGGAACUCUGCCUGAAAUAACAUCAUCUAAAGUUCCAUCGGCAAAAGUACCUUCGCACGCCACUGAAGGUCCGCCUAGAAUAACGUCUUCUAAGGCUCCGGCUGCAAGGGUAUCCUCACGUGAUACCAACGCUCCACCACAAAUAACGUCUUCUACGGCUCCGACUGCAAAAAUGUCUUCACGUGAUACCAAAACUCCGCCAGAAGUAACGCCACCUAUGUUUCUGUCUGCAACAAUGCUUUUACGAUCAACAAAAGCUCAAGUUGUAACCACGCCCAACGCUCCAUCAAGAAACGCACCUUCAUGUGCUACUGGUGCUCUAACAACAAAAAUACGUUCUAAGCCUCAGGCUGCAAGAAUACCCUCGCGCGCCUCUAAGGUUCUACCAGAAAUAAAGCCACUUAAGGUUUUAACUUCAAGGUUUUAUCUUCAAGCUCAGCCAGAAAAAACCUCUUCUAAAGACUUGUCGUUGUUUAUGUCUCCAUAUGCUUCUCAAACUCGUCUAAAAAGAAUUCUUAAGGCCGCAGGUACUACAAGUUUCAUGGCUCCUCCAGAUGCUGAACAAAUCGCGACAGAUUCUUCCUUUUUCGGACGCCUACAUUUUUUACAACACAAGCCAUUGGUCAAGGUCAAAUCGUACUCCACCCAAUAUCCAUCUGCCCAAAAACCUGUGUACGAAAAAUUUUAUGGAGAGCCUUAUUCAGCAUUAUAUCCACAAAAUAAAACUUCAGUUCUGAAGCUUUUAGAUAAGUUACAGCCUGCCGAUGGGACUAUUAAUCAUCCAAGUGUUAGCACCGUAUUAUCAUCUCUUUUGUAUUGUCCAGCUGACAUGGAUGCCCCUUGCCCUGAAACUUGUCCCUUAAACUGUGCUGAUAAAUCAACCAGCGACCCGUGUUUUGGCAAAGACACGGAGUCCUGUUUAGGUGUGAAAGGAGCUGUGAUUUCUGAUGACAAUCCACAAUUUGCUCCUAAGAAACGACAACAACGCGUGUUAAUGCCAUGCCCACUUGGCGUAGAACCAUGUCCGGAUCAUUGUCCCAUAUCUUGCUUUAUUCCACCACCUCCAUCUGAGCCUGUAGAUGGAAGUGCAGAGGAACAAGUCGAACCACGUAAAUAUAAAGAUUUGAAACCUCAGGGGCCAUGUCCACGCGGAAAGUCACCCUGUCCUGAGCAGUGUCCUUUACCCUGUCUCCCGGAUUCCGGAGGUGUACCGUGUCCAUCAGGCAGAAUAUCCUGUAAAACAGAUAUCUCCCAAAUACCACCGCAAUACCUUCCAAAAGAUUACGGCAAAUGUCCCUUUAACCAAAAACAAACAACUUGUAAAAAGCCGUGUCCACGUGGCGAGUCUCCGUGCGUAGAAUGUCCAGUGGGUGAGACGUGUCAUGAAGAUAUCCCGACUUGUCCGACCGGUAGAGCACCUUGUAAUAUGCCUCAUAUACAGAUACCAGGCAUACCAAAUGUGGAAUCAUCAUGUCCACAUGACAGAAAGGGCUGUCCUAAAAGGCUUCCUCCCCCCCCACGUCCUCCAAACCUUAGGCCGGCAUGCCCUGCCGGUAGAAGGCCCUGUCAAGGCCCUCCCAAACGCUUUCCUGGAAUGGCAUCUGGAAUGGCAACUGGAAUGGCAUCUGGAAUGGCAUCUGGAAUGGCAUCUGGAAUGCCAUCUGGUAUGGCAUCUGGAAUGGCAUCUGGAAUGCCAUCUGGUAUGGCAUCUGGAAUGCCAUCUGGAAUGGCACCUGGAAUGGCACCUAGAAAUGCAACUGGAAUGGGAAGUCUCGGCUUUUCCAGUCCAAGCUCUUCAUGUCCACUCGACAAAGUGAAAUGCGCUAUAAGAAAAAAACCUGAACAUGGCGCCAGAAUAUCAUGUCCAGCUGGUCGGACGCCUUGCCAAGGCCCACCCUUACCUAAAGCAUUUCAACCAACCUUUGGCUUGAAACCACCUAGCUUGCAAUCAUCAUGUCCCUUUGAUAAAUUGAGCUGUCGUAUGCCGACUGUACGGUCCAAAGUGAUUUCAGGAAGUAGAGUACAACAGAUUUUAAUACAAAAUAGAAAGCCACAGUUGCUGAGCGUAAAUUUUUCAAAACAUGAACUGCAUGGUUAUAAGCACCAAGAGCAUCUAUUACCUCGCGUUAGAAAUCAUCAAGAUAUGUGUCAAGCUGAGUCGAAAAUUUGCCAGCAAUUACCACCUAAUGUUCAUUGUAAACAGCGUAGACUUCGUAAGAAAAUAUCAGUCCCAUGUCAAGCCUCCUACAACUCAUGGGUACGAAUGCCGAUAAGGAGGCCGACGCUACGCGGUAAACAGCGCGUUGCUUCAGUACCUCGACAGAGGAUAUCAAAGUAUGGAAUGUGUGCUCACGUUGCUCUUAAAUCUAGUAGUAGGGAUUGUCAAGCCCAGACUAGUAAACCCCAAACAAAUGAGUGUAAUGUCAGUACUGUUUUGGGAAGUUUUAUUACAACACUGCCAUGGGGUGAUAUUUUUAGUUGAUGUUAGUUAUCUUUAGCCUGAUUUUAAAUAUAUUGUUAUGAUUAACGCUUUGUAUGAAUCUUUAUAAGAACAUUUACAUUUUACAAGCUCUUGUGUGUUUA